UUUCAACCAAGACUGAAAAACUUCAGCUGAUUUACCAAAAUGGCUAAAGUGUUGGUGCUGCUCUCUGUGGUGGCUGUGAAUUUGUUCAUUAGCCACAGUGCAUCGAUUGAGAACCAACGUCUCUUCAUCAAUGCAGUCAUCCGUGUGCAACACCUACAUCAGCUGGCUGCGAACCUGAUAACUAACUUUGAGGAACAACUGUCACCUGAAGAUCGCAGGCAGUUGAGCAAGAUUUUCCCCUUGUCCUUCUGCAACUCUGACUCCAUCGAAGCACCAACUGGCAAGGACGAGACCCAGAAAAGCUCAGUGCUAAAGCUGUUGCAGAUCUCCUACCGUCUGAUCGACUCGUGGGAGUUACCCAACAAGUUCCUUGGAAACCCAAACCAGAUCUCCGAGAAGCUGGUUGACUUAAAAAUAGGCAUUGAAUUGCUUAUCAGUGGAUGUCAGGAUGGCCAAACUAGCCUGGAUGACAAUGACUCUCUGCUUCUGCCCUUUGAGGAUUUCUAUCAAACGUUGGGUGAUGGAAAUGUGAGAAAGACCUUCCGAUUGUUGUCCUGCUUCAAGAAGGACAUGCACAAAGUGGAGACCUACCUGAGUGUGGCCAAAUGUCGGCGAUCCCUGGAUUCCAACUGCACCCUGUAGGGG